GCAUCGAGCACCUUGGGCUUCAUACUCCCAUCCAGUAGGUGGCGGGAAUUAACCAUUUAAGUUGGUUUGUCAACCGCUACAAAUGCCAGAAUAAGACCUGAUUGAUUGCUUUCCCAAGUACGGUGUUUGGCGAUACUUGCCAUCAAAAUGACAGAGGAAAACGUUGUUGGGCCAAGUGUAACAGAAGAUGACAUUCGACUGCUAAUGGAAAGAAAAGAUGAAAUUGAGGAACAAAUCAAGGCAUAUUAUGACAUGCUGCAUGACGCUGGGGUAGACAUGCAUACUCCCUUGGUUGAUGCGGAAGACUUCCCCCGGGCAGAUGUUGAUUUGAACGUGGUCCUGACAUCAAGGCACAAUAUCUCUUGUUUGCAGAAUGAUCAUAAAGCUGUCAUGAUGGAGAUAGAAAAGGCCCUUCAUGCACUUCAUGCCAAAGCGAGGGUCAGACCCGAAAAGGACAAUGCAAAGACACAGACGGAAAGCACUGAGCCAGUUGUGUCUAUGCUAUCCCCAUUUGCCUUGGUAGACACUGUAACUUGGGGCUCACCUGCUUUUCAGGCGGGUUUGCAAGUUGGUGAUGAGGUUCUCGAGUUUGGGUCUAUAAAUACACAAAACUUCAGGAAUCUUCAUGACAUUGCUUCUGUUGUUCAGCAUAGUGAAGGGAAAAGGCUACGUGUUGGAGUGAUUCGGAAUGGAAAAGAAAUUCAUCUUGAUUUGACUCCUCAACCGUGGUCUGGUAGAGGAUUACUAGGGUGCAACUUAGUACCUGUCCACAAAUGAUCAGUGAGAGAACAAGAUUUAUCAGGCCAAAUGUGUAUCCUAUAGGGCAAAGAUGGACUUCUCUUCUUCACUUCAAUGCAAUUCACAUUUGAAUAUAAAUUUAACUAUAAAUACAUGAUGUAUGGUGAAAAAAAACUUACUAAAACUAAACUGUUUCAAUAAAAAAAAAAAAUUAUUUGG